GGACUCUGUUUCAGGGGGUGUGAAUUAUGGGCCCCUGCUGUCACUGUGACUGCUCUGCGUUGGACAUUUCCCCUCGCCACUGUAAAUUUAAACAGGGGAUUACAUUUUGCUGACUACUGAUUUCAAAGCCGAAGCUUGCCCAAGUGCAGACUACAGCCCGGUCCCCCUGAAGAGUGGCCUUAAUACAGUCCGCAAUUGCAGGAUUUGGGAUUUUACAGGGGUCUGAACAAAGCUACCGGGAAAGAAAACGUAUUCUGGAUCACAGAAAACUCGCAUAGGUUUCGUGUAUUACGUAUUAAGACAACGGACUUUUUUUUUCUCCAGGGGCAAAAAAAAAAGAAAAACCUUUUGUAGUGGACUGGGCGUUUUGUACGCGCUCGGUAAACGGUGAUGCUACGGCGGCGCGCAGGAACCGUAGAGGGAAGAGACAGGUGAGGUGCGGCUAAGGAGCUGCUGUUAUUUCAGGGACGCUUUAGAUACCGAGAGUCGUGGUAUCCAUCACCCUUUUCUCCACAGAGAGGAAGAAGAGCGACCGGAGAGGGCGAGUUGGCGACUGGCACCUGCCACCUCCUCCCUACCUGGCCAUCUGGUGCGGUGAGUGUGCCAAACGUGCAUGUGUGUUGCUGCCAUGGCGACCGUGGCUCCACCCCUCACAUUUCUUCUCCUGCUGCUUCAACUGGCGGAUGGCUCAUUCCCAGAGGAACCCAGUCCUCUCAGCUAUGUCCCUGUAGAGGUUGUGCGGAGGUAUCCGGUGUUCUUGGGCAGAGCUCAUCGUUCGGCUCAGAGGCAGGAUCUGCUCAUCCAGACGGUCCUCCAAGUCAACCGCACGCUCUACAUAGGAGCCAGAGAUGACUUGUACAGAGUGGAGCUGGAUAACAUGUCAGGUGAUGAGAUGUUCUACAGCAAGAAACGAACAUGGGAAUCCAAUAAGAAUGACAUUCGAGUGUGCCGGAUGAAGGGCAAACAUGAGGGAGAGUGCCGUAAUUUCAUCAAGGUUUUGCUCAGCCAGCAUGGUGGCCUGUUUGUAUGUGGAACAAACGCCUUCAACCCGCUGUGUGCCAACUACACUAAAGACACUCUAGAAAUGGUGGGAGAGCCUGUCAGUGGGAUGGCACGGUGCCCAUAUGAUCCACGACAUGCCAACGUGGCUCUAUUUGCAGAUGGAAGUCUCUUUACUGGUACUGUGACGGACUUCCUGGCCAUCGACGCGGUGAUCUAUCGUAGUCUCGGCAACAGCCCCGCCCUCCGCACAGUCAAACACGACUCCAAAUGGUUCAGAGAGCCCUUCUUUGUGAGCUCCAUGGAGUGGGGGCCUCAUAUUUAUUUCUUCUUCAGAGAGAUGGCCAUGGAGUUUCAUCAUCUAGAGAAGGUGAUGGUGUCUCGUGUAGCCCGUGUGUGCAAAGCAGACCUGGGUGGCUCUCAGCGGGUCCUCGAGAAACAGUGGACCACAUUUCUGAAGGCGCGGCUCAACUGUUCCGUGCCGGGAGAUUCGCACUUUUACUUCAACCUCUUGCACGCCACAAGCAACAUCAUCCGCAUGCAGGGGCGAGACGUCAUCCUGGGUCUCUUCUCCACGCCACCAAACAGCAUCCCCGGCUCUGCGGUGUGUGUGUUUGACAUGCAGCAGCUCGCUCACGUCUUUGAGGGCCGGUUUAAAGAGCAGAAAUCCCCCGAGUCUAUUUGGACGCCUGUGCCGGACGAAGCGGUGCCUAAACCGAGACCAGGAGGAUGUGCAGUGCAGGGAUCCAGAUUCAGCUCCUCCACCACACUGCCGGAUGAAGUGCUGAACUUUGUGAAGACCCACCCACUAAUGGACGAGACCGUUCCACUCCUGGGCCACAGACCUUGGGUGGUCAAGACCAUGGGACGGUACCAGCUGACAUCCAUGGUGGCGGACACUGAAGCCGGUCCCCAUAAGAACCAUACCGUCUUGUUCCUGGGCUCUACCCGAGGAACCAUCCUGAAGUUUCUAAUGAUUUCCAGCGGAGAUUCUGUCUCCCACGGCAGUGUGUUUCUGGAGGAGGUGGAAGCAUACAACCCAGAGAAGUGUGGUGAGGACUCUCCUCAGGCUCGUCAGCUCUUGUCUCUGUCGUUGGACCGGACCAGUCACUCUCUGCUGCUGGCCUUCCCCACCUGUCUGGUCCGAGUGCCCACCUCUCGCUGCCACCUGCACUCGCGUUGCAUGAAGAGUUGUUUAGCCUCCAGGGACCCAUACUGUGGCUGGACCAGAGGCAGCACCUGCUCCUUCCUGAGACCAGGCACACGGCUGCCUUUUCAACAAGAUGUGGAAUAUGGAAAUGCCACCUCCCAUCUAGGAGACUGUGAUGGAAUUCUGCAGCAGAGUUUGCUGAUUGAACCGGAGAGCUUGGUCUCCCUCAACCUGCUUGUGGCGUCUGCUGUGUCCGCGUUCACCAUCGGGGCGGCGCUCUCCGGCCUCGCCGUCUGCUGGAUCAUGGCCCACAAACCUGCCAACCGCCGCCACGGCAACACCUCCCAGUCCUCUAUCCAGCGGCGUGAAAGAGGCCUGCUGACUAACGGUGGUGGGAUGGGAGGCUCCGUGCUCAGUGUGACGCGGCAGGGAGGCGGGGAGCGCCCCUGCACUCAGGGCGGGGAAACCCUGUUUGUCAUGCCCAACGGCUGGGUGAAGUCGGGAGAGCUCGACACGGGUUUCCUGCCAACCCCGGAGCACACGCCCCAGCAGAAACGCAGAGGCCUACGACUGUCUGACUCCAACUCUGGAGGGUGGGACACUAGCCAGACGUACCUGGGGGGAGGCUCUGUUGGUCUGGGCUCUCCCUGCCGCAUCCCCUCCUCCGUCUACCUGACCACCAGACUCUUCCAGCAGGGGGGAGGCGGGAGACACAUCGGUGAGAGCCGUGGAAUUGACGCGCCACGCCAGCACUACGUCUGCCUGAGCAAGCAAGAAAAAGGAGUGAAGGGGACGCCCAGAGCUCCUCUCCGGAAGUCUGCAGGAGAAUAUGUAUACCCUAUGACCCCCCAGGACUCGCCCGAGCGUCGGAGGGUGGUUUCAGCACCCAGUGCCCCAAUGGAGUAUGGCGAGCCGCUGCCUUUGCGCUGGCCAGCCCCGGAAGGAUACAUCCUAAGCAGCCACGGCAUGGUCCCCGUCCCCCUGCCUCCACCCUCCAUGCCUGCUCCCAGUGGCCAGGCCUACGUGUCCCAGCAACACCCCCCCGGGCUGACCAGGGCUCUGCUGAGAGGAGCCCUGGAGCGAGGGGAACUGGGCGAGCUGGUGGACCUCAGCCAGCUGAUGAGUAAGAAGAACUGCAGUGAUAGGACUCAGACCGGCCAGUGACUCUUGAGGAAAUGAAGUGGAUGGGAGUGUUUCCAUGUCUGGAGCUCUCUUUUUUUAUUUACAUAGAUCUCACUUCUCUCUUCCCUCCUCAUUCUGUCCAUUCCCCUCUCCCUUCACUUCUCUUCUACCUACAUCUUUAUUUGUCAUUCAACCCCUCUGAGCUCCUCUGUCAGUCUUUCAGGCCCCCCUUCCGCCCCAUGAUGAGCCUCUCUUUAUGACUGGCUGCUGGGUCUGCCACUCAUACCCUAGCUCACACUAAUUGGUCAGAUGGAUCGAGGUUGUUGCUGCGUCUGCAUUGCAGAGUUGCCUCUCUCUCCGGCUACUCAGCGGCAGCAGGAUGAGGGAGGAGAGAGGAGAGAGCAUGUAGGAGAAAGAAAUAAAGAAAGGAAAGAAAGGAUAACAGCAGAAAGGGGGGCAGAGACAACGGAGACAAAGUUGGACAUGGCACUUAGAGGCUACCUUGUCUGUGCAGAUUAACUGAGACUGCAGAGCCAGUAAUAUACUGCUGUAGAAGUGGGAUUCCUUUUCCCUCUUGGAUAACAUUAACAAGACUGCCACCCAUCUGUUCUCCGCUAUGUUACCUGUUGGUCCGAUUGCCAACUAGGUACUUGAAGGGAAACUGCGAAAUCUUAGCGUCGUAGAAGCUGCAGGUGACUCAUCAGACAAAAAACUGACUGUGAACACAAAUUUAAUGGAGGAUGAGGAAGCGCAAAAUCCUUCUCUCUGUUUCUAUUUCUCUCUCUGUCCUCUUUGCGUCACGCAUACAGUAGAUGCAUACAUGUUUUUGCACAGGUGACGGAGGGUAUGUAGUAUUCAAUGUGUACGAGAAGCACGACUUGUGUGUGCCAAAUGCCUCUAACCUGUCUCACAGGGAUAUGGGACCAUAACUCACGUCUUUGGAGAGCAGAGUACAGGACUGGAACGUCAGCACUAUUUCUGCCAACCGCAUGCUCUCUGUAAUGACGGCAUCUCAGCCGUCCAUCGCUCUAUUCGUUUGCCUCCUUACGCGCCAUGUACUCUUGAAUUACCAAUUAUUUCACGAGGACGUCUGGAGAGAUUGCGCACCAUCACUGGACUGACUUGUGUUGGAGCUGGACAGAAAGGAAGAAAGAGAGUGUUUUAUAGGAUUUAAAGUAAAUCCACUGUAAUAUAUGAACACGUUGUCCUUCACUGUCACCUUAGGUUUUUUAUCCACAAACACACACACACACACAUUCAUUUACGCUGAAUUAGAGAACGUAGUCCGGUUUUAUUGGGCAAAAUUUUCCCCUGAGCCCACAGGGGGUCAAGGUCCCACAGACGUGAUACAGAACAAAGUGACGGUUACAGCAGUGAUGAUUGAAACCUUUGGCCUCACUCAAAGCCAAUAGGGGUAAUGGAAAUGUUCCCAGCAGGCAAGUGGGACAAUAUAUUCAGCCCGUCAAAGUGUCCUGUGCCGCAAAAUGGUCGCUGUUUAGAUCAACAGGACAUGGUGUGAGUGUGUUAGCGAGGAGAUGGAAGUCAUAAAAAAAGAGACGAGAUAAAGAAGCAAAAAGCAAUUAAGACCUGAUGAAAACGGCUGUGGAAAAUAGUGAGAAUUUGUUGAUUUUCACGCUCACUCCCAGUCAGUCAUGAGCAAAUUAAUGCUGGUUUGUACUGGUGAGCAGCAAUAUAUGGUUUAUCUGUACAUAGUAAACUUUGAUUUAGAUUAAUAUGAUUAUGUAAGAUAAACAGUAACUCCAAACAAAAAAAAUGAUAUCAGGCACUAGCUUGCAAACAGAAAUAAACAUGUAUCAUGUCAUUGUAGCUAUAUAUGUCUGAAAAUCUGAAAGUUUCAUAUCAACCCGCUUCAAGAUUGAAAUCACAAAGAUACUAUUUUUUUUUUUUUUACAUAUGCGCGCAAAAAACAUGAAUGAUUUACUGAUGCCUGAUUACUAAAGCAAAAAAAUAAAACUGAGAGAAACUUGUUUUAAAGUGCCAUGAAGACCAUUUCAGUCAGCAGUGCACCUCGUGUACUGUGGUCCCGGAGAACUCACUUGUU